CGCCGCAUCGGCCAAUGCCAGUUCGACAGCGGCGGCGGGGAAACCAUCCCGGUUUCGCUAUACCCCCUCCCCCUCCGAUCCGUCGCGGCAGCGCUCAUCACCGCUUUAAAUCCGCCUCCUCCCAGCGUCUCCCUCCUCCCGGCCUGUCCCCUCACCUCCCUCCCCCUAUCUCUCCACCGCCGCAGCUAGCUGCGACGUCAUGCACUCGCCGGCGCCACCGCCACCGCAUACUAUCUACAAUUAGCCAGCCGUAGGCUUACCUAUCCUGUGUCAAGCAAGCCUCUCGCAAGCAACAAGGAAGGAAGCUAGCUAGUUUUAUAGCUGCUGUCGGCGGCGGCGGCUGAAGCGACGUGCCUGAGCUAGGAUUUAGGUUGAGAUCAGGAGAGGGAGAAGGCGGCGGCGAUGGGGCGCGGGAAGGUGCAGCUGAAGCGGAUCGAGAACAAGAUCAACCGCCAGGUGACAUUCUCCAAGCGCCGCUCGGGGCUACUCAAGAAGGCGCACGAGAUCUCCGUGCUCUGCGACGCCGAGGUCGCGCUCAUCAUCUUCUCCACCAAGGGCAAGCUCUACGAGUACUCUACCGAUUCAUGUAUGGACAAAAUUCUUGAACGGUAUGAGCGCUACUCCUAUGCAGAAAAGGUUCUCAUUUCCGCAGAAUAUGAAACUCAGGGCAAUUGGUGCCAUGAAUAUAGAAAACUAAAGGCGAAGGUCGAGACAAUACAGAAAUGUCAAAAGCACCUCAUGGGAGAGGAUCUUGAAACUUUGAAUCUCAAAGAGCUUCAGCAACUAGAGCAGCAGCUGGAGAGUUCACUGAAACAUAUCAGAACAAGGAAGAGCCAGCUUAUGGUCGAGUCAAUUUCAGCGCUCCAACGGAAGGAGAAGUCACUGCAGGAGGAGAACAAGGUUCUGCAGAAGGAGAAAGCGUUACUCCUGCAUGCAGCUCGCGGAGAAGCAGAAAGACCAGCGGCAGCAAGUGCAACGGGACCAAACUCAACAGCAGACCAGUUCGUCUUCCACGUCCUUCAUGUUAAGGGAAGCUGCCCCAACAACAAAUGUCAGCAUCUUCCCUGUGGCAGCAGGCGGGAGGGUGGUGGAAGGGGCAGCAGCGCAGCCGCAGGCUCGCGUUGGACUGCCACCAUGGAUGCUUAGCCAUCUGAGCUGCUGAAGGUUUGCCCUCACCGUCGCGAUGUGAUAGCCCAAAAUCCAGCAAGUCUUCCCCGGACCCCGGACUGUCCCCGCUUCUCCGCCUGGUGCAGUAUCGUCGUGAUCGCGAGAAGCAGCAGCAGCGGUUUGCCGUAUUUUUUACCACUGUGUAUAAGUAGCAUAUCUGCAAUGUGUAUAUUUUGUUCACCGUUCCUGCUGGGGCGGCCGCACGGUACUUUACGCAUGUAAUAUAUGUGCUUCAUCAAAUCACUUUCACUACCAUAGCAUGUGCCGGUUUGUGGUAGUUUCAUGUCUCACAUAAUGGGUACACAUUCAUAUCCCAGUGGUCUCGGUUCUUCA